ACGACCUUGUUUUAAUCCAAAUUGCUGUGGGUAUACUUGCUCAUCGGACAGGAAGUAGGUCUCAAUGGAAAUGGUUCAUAUCUUAAGACCGCGAUCAUUACUCAGUUUUUGACCUUUGUUUCUACUUUUAUUGCCAAGUUAGACGAUAAGACACUUUGAGAAUGUUUGAUCUUUGCGUUGUGGGCGCAGGUUUGAUUGGAUCCGCCGCAGCCAAGCAUGCGUCUAAGUUUCUCAAUGUCUGCUUGAUUGGCCCGGAUGAGCCUGACAGGAAACGCUCCGAAGAUUCGCCAAGGGACAUAUAUGGUGGACAUUACGAUGAGGGGAGAAUUUACAUGCAGUCAACAUCUGAUCCUGUCUGGGCCAGACUAGCUCAAAAGUCAAUACCUAGAUACGCCGAAAUUGAGAGAGAAUCCGGAAUCGAUAUUGCCAAGGAAGUUGGUUGUCUUUCAGUUGGAAGUCGAGGAGGAAAUUACAUUACCUCGGUAAAAUAUGUUGUUGAGAAAGAUAAUUUAGGCGCAAGUGUCUUGAGCGGAACAGAGGCUCGAUCUCUCUUUCCUUUUCUGUCAAUUCCAAAAGAUGACGAGGUGGUGUUUGAGAAGCAUUCGGCAGGAUACAUCAGUCCCAGAAGACUCGUAAAAGCCCAAAUAACGAUUGCAAAGACUAACGGUUGUCUGCACAUACAAGAGGAGGUUCGAAGCAUAACUCGUGUAGUCCCCGAUAGUGAAAAUCCCGGUAUGCUGAUGGAGGUGACGACCGACUCUGGGACAAAAAUUCUAGCUAAGAAAGUCCUUGUAGCCACUGGUGCGUUUACAGCCUUCAGAGAUCUGUUAGGAAAUGAAGUUUCUCCCGAUACAAAGCUUUAUCCAUUGGCGGUCACGAAACUGGAAAUCAGCAAAGAGGAUGCUAACAAAAUAAGCACCAUGCCUUCAGUCCUCUAUUUCGGUCGAGGUGGAGAUGACUGGAGUCGGGAUUAUCCUGUUGAUCCCCGGGCACCUGUCGUCUUCUACAUGCUUCCUCCAAUUCUUUAUCCUGAUGGAAAGUACUACAUAAAACUUGGACACUCUCAUGACUCGGUACCAAAGCUACUGCGUUCCGGGACGCAGAUGAAGAAGUGGUUCGACCAGGGACCAGACGCUCGACUUACUCGGCAAAUGGCAGACAUGAUCUUAAGUGUGGUGAAAGGAGUUAAAGUACUUUCUUUCCAUGGUGACAGUUGUGUGGUGGAUGUUGCCCCUAGCAACAGACCCUACAUAGACCUAAUCCACAGCCAGCUAGGGGUAGCCAUUGCAGGGAAUGGAUAUGCAGCCAAGUCCAGUGAUGAGAUAGGAAGACUUGCGGUGGAGUUACUGGCGAAUGGCAAAUGGGAUAUUGACCUCCCUCAGGACUUAUUUCAUGUAAAGUUAAAGUCAAGGGGUGGUAUGUGUACAAGUAAACUGUAAAAAUCCUAAAAGUUAAUCUUUUUAGUUUUGUUUCAAAGAUGAGUUAAUCUUUUUUUUAAUAUUAAUUGCUCUCCGAGUGACUGUUAAAGUUGAUUAAAAUGUUAGAUCUGAAAUGACAGUCUGGUUUUUCCAAGAAUAAAAUGAAUGGAAAU